CUAGCUUCCCUUUGCAACUAGGCUAGUAAGUUAGCUCGAUGUAACCUAGUUUGUAACAGCAGGCGUUACAUCAUUUUGGGCCGUGUCCCACCUGGGAAAUAACGGCCUGAAGGAACAAACUUCUUGGUAUAUUUAACAAGUCCUAUAGAACUAGCAUGAGUUACUGACCUGUCAAAAUAAAACGAGAGAGUUUUCGUAGUGAGCUAGCAUAUUUUUCUUAUUUUGGCAUCCAAGGGUGCUGCUAAGACGCUUUCAUCGGAAAUUGGUUGUUUGUCAUUUCCCACUGGCCGCUGGGCCUAGCUCAGGUAGCUAACAGCGACCCAUCAAGUAUCGCGACUAAUAACGAUUUUCAAACAGAAGGAGAGAUGUCCUGUACAUGCACCUCAGCAGCAAGGUUGUUCCUUAGCACUGCCCACAGAGGAUUGUCGUGCUCCAGAAUCCAGCUGUUUUCUCUGAGUCGGCAGGGCUCUCGGGAAACCUAUUUUCAUCCACGAGUGUGUGUGCGGACUUUUUCUGAGACAGCUGUCUGUUACGCAGCUAAAGACGGGACUACAAAAGACGGCGGAAAUGAUUGUGGAAAGAAAAGCGUUAGCGAGGGAAAGAGACCAUCAGGCUCUGGAGGAUCAGGCAAAGGUGGAAGUCAGCUACGCUGUCCUAAAUGUGGAGACCCCUGCACACAUGUAGAGACCUUUGUAUCAUCAACACGCUUUGUAAAGUGUGAGAAAUGCCACCACUUUUUCGUGGUCUUGUCUGAGACGGACUCUAAGAAAAGCCUGAACAAAGAACCGGAGUCUGCUGCUGAAGCUGUGAAAUUGGCUUUUGCUCAGAAACCCCCUCCUCCACCCAAGAAAAUUUAUGCUUAUUUGGACAAAUACGUUGUUGGCCAGUCUUAUGCUAAAAAGGUUUUGGCUGUUGCCGUGUACAAUCACUACAAGCGCAUCUACAACAACAUUCCUGCAGGACACCGGCAGCAGGUCGAGGUGGAAAAGCAGCCGUCUUUGACACCUCGUGAGCUAGAGAUGAGAAGACGAGAGGAUGAAUACAGAUUCUCAAAGCUGCUGCAGAUCGCAGGGAUCAGUCCUCAUGGAAACGCCCUGGGAGCGACCAUGCAACAGCAGGCCAGCCAGCAGCCUCCCCAGGAGAAGAGGGGUGGGGAGGUCCUGGACUCCACACACCCAGACAUCAAACUGGAGAAAAGCAACAUUAUACUACUCGGCCCGACGGGUUCAGGAAAAACACUGCUGGCCCAGACUCUGGCACGUUGUCUUGAUGUUCCGUUUGCGAUCUGCGACUGCACUACUCUAACUCAGGCUGGAUACGUGGGAGAAGACAUCGAGUCGGUUAUCGCCAAACUUCUGCAGGAUGCGAACUACUCUGUGGAGAAAGCACAACAAGGUAUUGUGUUCCUGGAUGAGGUUGAUAAGAUUGGCAGUGUGCCUGGAAUCCAUCAGCUAAGAGAUGUGGGCGGAGAGGGAGUUCAGCAGGGUUUGCUCAAGCUCUUGGAAGGAACAAUUGUCAAUGUUCCUGAAAAAAACUCCAGAAAACUACGCGGUGAAACGGUGCAGGUCGACACAACCAACAUCCUGUUUGUUGCAUCUGGUGCUUUCAACGGUCUUGACAGGAUAAUUAGCCGAAGAAAAAAUGAAAAGUAUUUGGGUUUUGGAACCCCAUCUAACUUGGGAAAAGGGCGCCGAGCAGCUGCAGCGGCGGACUUGGCUAACACCAGCGGUGAGACCGACACAGUUGCUGAGAUCGAGGAGAAGGACCGGCUGCUGAAGCACGUUGAGGCCAGGGACCUGAUCGAGUUUGGGAUGAUUCCUGAGUUUGUCGGCCGCCUCCCGGUUGUUGUUCCUCUGCACAGUCUGGAUGAGGAAACGUUGGUCCGGAUCUUGACUGAACCACGAAAUGCUGUUGUUCCGCAGUACCAGGCUCUGUUCAGUAUGGACAAAUGUGAACUCAACGUGACUCAAGAUGCUCUGAGGGCCAUCGCUAGAAUGGCUUUGGAAAGAAAAACAGGAGCUCGAGGACUCCGAUCCAUUAUGGAAAAACUCCUCCUUGAGCCCAUGUUUGAGGUGCCGCACUCGGACAUCGUUGCUGUUGAGCUGGACAAAGAGGUUGUCCAGGGAAAGUCAGACCCCAGAUACGUCAGAGCUCCAGCUAAAGAGUCUGCAGAGGAGGAGUACGACUCCGGCAUCGAGGAGGAAAACUGGCCUCGGCAGGCUGAUGCUGCUAACGUCUGAACCACAUCAGUCAUUUUAGCUGAAAUAAUUAGAUUACAUGAACCUUUUGGAUACUGAGUUUGCUACCAACUCUUAAUACUGCACCUGACAAAUAAACUGUGGACACUGAUGAAGAUGAACAAGUAAAGAGAGAAACAGCCUUUGGUCUCUUGUGUCAGAUAAUUCUAUAGCGGUGCACCCACAGCGUGGACCUUAAUGAAAUACUUCAAUCUCUGGGGAUUGUUAACAGUUUAUCUAUCUAAAGAUAAUGCAAUUUUAUUCAUAAAGGUAUUUGUAGCUAGUUUGUAUUUUUUGUGCUGAUUGGCUGUAAUAGAAAGGGAAACAUGGACAUUUGGGUGUCUUACUGUACACAUGAGAACUGGGGGGAGGGUACCAAAAGUAUGUGUGUGUGAUGUUAAGAUGCCUUAAAGUCAGGAGGGCAUGGUAUUCCAGGAGCACAUCCAUAUGUUGUUUCUUUCAUUACCACCAUUGUGAUAAUGGUGCUCUUGGUGAAGUUGGUUGUAACUGUUGAGCUGUGCUGCACGGGCCGUCUUUGUGAGCUUGAUGAGACGUAAGCUUCAGUUGGGAGGAGUAGAAACACACCAGCACACCAAACAAAGGAGUGAGAGAGAUCAGCUCAGCCGAAAUGAUUCUUCUAGUGUUCAGCUUCCUCCUUUAGCCCACUUUGUUUUAUAAAAGUGUUUAUUUACAGACCUCUGUAUUGCUCCACAAAGCAGAAUUAGACUGUGCACACUUGAUGUGAUGAAGACAUAUCCUGUUUUGCUGAUGCUACCCUCUGACAUAAACAAAUCACACCCCUAAUCUGGAUACUAAGUUUGUUUUCCAUCUUUAAAUAAUUAUAGAUUCUUGUUUUUAACUGGACCCCCGCUCUAAAAUUGCCUUCUGCAAAAAAGCAGUUUGUCAUUUUCUUAGUUUGUUCACUGGUGUCAGAGCGCUACUUCACCUGUAGUGAUGUAAUAUCCUGUUACUAAAAGGUACCUCGAUGCACAUUUAAUCCAAACACCAGCUGGGUGGUGUCUGACUCAACUACGCUGCUAUUUGUUCUUCUAAAAGAGUUUUUCCUCUUCAUUUUCCUUCCUGGGAUGCUUCCAACACCUUAUUUAAAUCUUCAGAGGUCUGUUACAGAAACUAUAACACCGCCGUACCCCUAAAAAACCUAGUGAACCUUAAGUUGUGAUUGUUUAAAAUAUCUAAAUAAAAUCUAUAAAUGGAAAAUGCA